AUGAGACCUCGAGGUAUCCCUCUCCUGGCAGUGGUCCUUGUCUUGGGGCUGUGUGCUCUGGUGGAGGGCCAGAAACCUUCUGCCUGCCAGUGCUCCAGGAUGACACCGGAGAACAGAAAGAACUGUGGCUUCCCAGGCAUCACCAGCGACGAGUGCUUUGAUAAUGGUUGUUGCUUUGACUCCAGCGUCGGUGGGGUCCCCUGGUGUUUCCACCCACUUCCAAACCAAGCAGAGGAGCAGUGUGUCAUGGAAGUGUCAGCCCGCAAGGAUUGUGGGUACCCGGGUAUCAGCCCCGAGGAGUGUGCCUCUAGAAAGUGCUGCUUCUCCGACCUGGUCUUCGAGGUGCCCUGGUGUUUCUUCCCACAGUCUGUGGAAGACUGUCAUUACUGAGAGCUGAGAGGUACUGCUGCCCAGCCGCUGCUUCCCUGGGAGCUGCAAGCCAGAAGAAGAAAGUCUCAAUUGGACUCCAUCAAUUUCUGGGUUUUCUUAAACCAUCCUGACCCUGUGCCUAGCUGUGGCUAGGUUCAGCAUUUUUCCCAAUAAAGAAAACCUUUUAAACCUGG